CAGAUACCUCACGAUCUCCAGCCAGAUCGAGCAAAAUCCCCAUAAAUCGCGAACGUCAACGAAGAGAUUAGCGCUCGCUAGUGGAGCAAGUGUAGUAUGGGCGCGGCUGGCAGUAGUAACAGCGCACCAUCCUCGACGACAGCGUUGAGGGGGCGAAGCGAGGGGACGUUCGUCUACGGGACAGAGGGAUCCUGCUGUCCAGAAUACGCGAACGAAAAUAUACGACAAAGGACGAGGACCAGCGCGUUCGACGUGGGUGAAGAACCUCGAUCGCAGGGUCCAAGUCCUUACGCGACUUUCACAGGCGAGGAACAAUGGUGUCAAAGACCGACAGCGCCGAGUCUGUCGAACUUGCGUUCUCGAGACUUGCGACGAGAGAGUUUGUUGACGUACGCCGCGCAGAUGACAGGUUGGCAGACGGCCGAGGGGCAUGGCCCUUCUUCGUUCGUUCAACAGAACCAGAAGGCUAUGGAGGUGAUCUCGCAGCUGGCUAUGGCCAAUCAGCAGCUAGCUACCGCGAACACCGCGACCUUGGCGAAUUUGGAGGCGCUUUACAUGGAACUGUCGAGGGAAAAGAAACUGAGGAGGCGAGUGGCAUCGUCUGAAGAAUCGAUGGACGAGGCCUUGAAGAAAAGACUGACGACGAACGAGGAAAGAAGAGAAGAAGAAGAGGGAGAAGGAGGAGAAGAAGAUGAUGAUGAUGAUGAUGGUGAAGAGAGGCGAAGAAUGGAAUUUAGGAUUGAUAGAUUGGAAAAUGUUUUGAGCAAGGUUCGAUCGAGGAUAGAGAGGCUAGAGAAGACGAACCAAGGAGAAGACGAACGACAGAGUUCGACGAAUGUCUGUGAUUUGAAGAAGAUCCGAGACUCAGAUCGUCGGUGGACGAUCGACGAUCCGUGUGAUAGGCUUGCGAGCAACAUCGACGUACCUGAACGCGAAUUUAAAGGACAGACCACGAUGGACGAGGCUCGAGCAAAGACUGUUUCUAGAGUAAGCUUCGUGAACGUCGAGGAUGACGUCGGGGGCUGCAGGUGGAACGUGGAGGACCGUCCCGUGGCAAAUUUGCAUUUAGAGAAGUCGAGAGAAAGUAGAAUAAAGGAUGAAACGAAGGAGGCUUUGAAUAACGAAAAAGAAGUGGUGAGAUUGUUGGAGGAAGUUGAAAGAUUGAAACACGAGCGAUCUGAGUAUCAACGUGAAAACGAUAGGCUAGCGAAAGAGUUGACGGAAGAGAAGGCGAUGGUGAGGAAACUGAGGAAAGAUUGCGAAGAGUCGCAAUCGCGACACGAGGAGGCGGAGUCGAGUUUGAAAGAGCGGAGAGAGGAAUACGAAAAGUUGAUGACAAAGUUCGGCUUUGCGGCGAAGGAAACGGAGAGACUAUUGAAGCAAAUGGACGAGUUCAGCGCGUUGAAGAACACUGCCGAAGCGAAGAUCUCCAGCCUCGAGCAAGAUUUGCAGAAGUCGUUGUUGGAAAAGGAGGAAAUCAUAAACACCGAGAGCCAGAAGACUUUGGAAUUAAAGGCGCAGCUGUCGGAGGAAGUGUCCGACAAGAAGAAACAGAUAAAGGCCCUCGAGGACGAGAUUCAAAGACUGAAGGAGACUAUCAAGACUGAGAGGAAAAGUACAGAUGGCGAUGACUUGAAAGAAGAUGUUGACGCGAGCGAAUCGACAGACGAUCCGCAAGAAAGCCCGCCUGCCGAUCGCACGUCGGCGAACAUCGAGGAAUUCAAGAAGGAAUUAAUCCUGAAGAGGGAGGCGAGACAAAGAGCGAUAGCGGCGGUUUCGUCGGAAAUGGAGCGACUCAGACGUGAAUUAGACGCGGAGAAGGAGGCUCAUUCGGAAACUUCGAGGAUGUUGGAGCUGCUGAGAUCCGCGCAGAAUGACGCUCAAGCUCGAACAAACGCGGCUGACGAUAGCUUGAAGAAGACUAGAGAGAAAGAUCAGAAACCAAAUGGACACGAGUUGGCUGCGCAACGUUUGGAGGCACAACGACUAACGAGCGUUUUGAAGAUAUCCGACGAGCUGCGGAACGACAUCCGCAUUCAAAUGGACAAGGUGGACGAUCUCCGGUACAGUUUGGAGGUCGAACCGGAUCAGCAUCGGUACCGCAUUCGUUGCUUGUCGGACGUAACCAACCGGACACGAGAGGCCGUUUACUUCAGGGAACGUGCUACCAACGAGCUGAAGGACCAUCUAGCGCAGAUUCUGGUACGACUUGGGGACAGAAGCUUCCUAGAAGCGAAGGACGAGGUUAGCCUGGAGUGCGAACGUCAGCUGGAGAAUAUCAAUAGCCUGAAGAGCCUUUACAACGAGAGGCUGAAGGUGCUGAACGAAGUGAGGGAGACGGCGGCCAGAGAGCUAGCGGAGGCUAGAGUGAGACUGGAUCACUCGUUGAAAAAAUGCGAAUGCUUGGAGGAGGAUCUAAAAAAGGCUGACGAGAAGGUCGACGCGCAGGACACGGAAAUAACGAAUUUGGAAUCUCAGCUGGGACUCACCAAAGCGGACUGCAGGGAUCUGCAGAAUCAGAUGUCGCUGAUCAAUAGCCUGUUUACACAGAUGCUGUUGGGUGCCACCUCUGCCGACAUGGAUCUCGAUCGAUUGACUCAGUUACUUCAGGAGAAUCACGACCUGAUAUGCGACAUGGCGAGAGAGGAAGGCACCGAAGCCGCUGCGCUUCCCAAGCUUCUUCUCGACCUGAUCGAGCAAGUCGAGGGCAGUAAAACGUCACAGAAACACGGCGACGAGGGAAAUGGAACCGAGGCUGAAACAGAGAAGAAGGAAGACGACUUGCAGCAAGAGGACAUAGCUCACAACUUACCUAAAGUAUGGCGUGUCUUGCUGGAGUUGCUUAGUUGUCACGCAGAAUAUACUCCGUCCGCUUCAGCGGCGUCCUCCUCGGACCCAAAUAUCUGUUACAAAUCGGUCGACACACCAGCCGGUCCCAGACUAGUGAUCUCGGUCAGCAAAACGUACAUCCGCCUGAAAGAGUUGAUAUUAGAAAAGAAACACUUGGAGAAGGAAAUGAACCGGAUGAAACAGCUGAACGUCCACUUGGAAUGCAAACUUGGCGAACAGGAGAAGCGACUGUCGGCAGUGUCAGCGGAAUUGAGUAAAACAUGGACGAUAGUCGAUCGAAUGCAGGCCCAGCAUCAUCAGCUGCACACGCACGAGAAGAUCCUGCGAUACGAGUUGCAGCAGAAGCGAAAAAUGUUGCAGGAACUGAAACAGGAGUUGGAGUACUGUCGCGAGAAGUGGGAGUCCGCCAGGCAGAAGAACACGAACACGGAAUUGGAGUGGAGAAGCUUGAGAAGGGAGUUCGCUGCUAGGAAAGCACUCGCUUCUCACGAUUCUUUCAACAAUAGCGCGGAGAGCGGAUUCAGCGAUGAACGAGGAGAUGAUACCGACGAGGAAGACGACGCCAUGGACGACAGAAUUAGAUUAGGCCUACGCAGAAGGUCGCGAAAGGAGAGUCCUCGAGCACCAACGCCAGACACAGAAUCAGAACAGCCAACCGACACGGAGCUAUCCGAGCCAAAGACAGGUUCCUCAGCAACGUUAGAGCAACGAACGCCUACUCCAGAAACUGAAGCAGAACUAGAUGAAGUCGCGGACGCGGUUCUAAAUACUGAAUCCACGAACGUAGCAGAAUCACCAUUGCUUCCAGAAAGUCCACAAGAAUCGUUAAAUCCGCUGGACCAGGCUCUAACAAAUGUCAUCCAGGAUCUCAUUAGCAUUGAGAGCACUAUAAAUGUCACCAACAAAGACAACAUGGUACCAACCAUCGAAUCUUGGUCGACAAAGCCUCUGCAAUCUCAAGAAACCACGAUGGAGGACUUCGACGAUACUUCUACUCUCAAUCUUCCGACAGUACAAACCUGUACUUCGUCGACCGUCACAGUGGAGGAAACUCGAAGUGCAAACGAAACGGACGGUGAGAAAGCAAAGAACGAAGACACCUCGAUAUUGUCCACGUCCUAUGUACCCAGUAUGACCAGCGUAGCAAACGCGCAGCCUGUGUUCAGUAUCGGACCCUUCCCCCCGUCCAACGUGGCACCUUCGAUCGUGAAAAACGUCCAAUUCAGAGACCCUUUGAUCGUCGGCCCGUCUAAUCGAUUUUUUGCUCCAGUUUUCGGACAAAUUUCUUCUUCGCCCUUCGUCUCGGAGUGCAGAGAAAAGCGAGGAGCCAACAACAAAUCGUUGGAGAACGUCGUGGAUUCGGAUAACAUCUCCGUGGACUCUAGCUCGAGCUUGGAGACUGUCCAAGAGUUUUCUACCGCUGACACCAGCUCGUCCAGUUCGUCAGGUGUGACUGGAAAGCCAGAAGCAGAAACUGGCGAGUCAGUGAAGACGCAGGAGGAGAACAUGGUUUCCACCGUGAAAAGCAGAACGCCCGAGGAAGCUUUAGCCGCUAGAGAAGACAGGCUGAAGAGGUUGGAGGAACAGGCGAAAUGGUUGAUGAACAAGAUGAACGCGACCAACAGAAGGAGUUCUGCGUUGAGUAUUAGGUUAGAGGAGCUUCACGAGGUUUACGGGGAGCCACCUGUUCCUCCUCCUAUGCCCGAUGUCCUGCCUAGUCGAAGGUUGAGGACUGCUUUGUCGGAUCCACCUCGUCAGGUAUCUGAAUCAUCGACCACCGAGGAUGCCAAAAAUACCGAGAAACUCGACUCGAGCGGCGAUUCCAACCAAACAUCACCCGAUAACGCGUCCUGAGAUGUCUACGAUUCUUUAAUUAAUCGAUUACGUCGCGUUUAUUUCCGUCGUGUGCGUGAAAACGUGAAAAAAACACGGGCAAUUUACGCGCCUGUGUUUCGACUUGAGAAACGUGUCGGCGCUCGCUCCCACGAGAAAUUAUAUAAUUCUAGAAUGAGUCCGAUCUCUCUCUUUGUGACUCAUUCCGAAUAAAUCGAUAAACGUAUCCUUUCGUUCUUUUUCUUUUUUUUGUCGCGAACUAAAUGUCUUGUCUCCACUUAAAACAAUUAAAUCUACGUUUUCUUGUAAAUGUACGAAAGACUUUGAAACAUACCUGGCUGUGAUUCAAAGCCAUCGAUAUACGAGUAGUAUUUCUCUACUAAACGAGUGUUCUUCCUUCUUUUUUC